AUGCCUAAUUCACGGAAUUUAUCAGAUUUAGAAGAGAAGACAAUAGUUGAGUAUAUUCUCGACCUAGAUGCGCGAUCAUUUCCUCCCCGGCUGAGUGGUGUGGAAGAAAUGGCCAAUCGACUUCUCGCAGAGCGCGACGCGCCUCCAGUUGGGAAGCGCUGGGCUUCUAAUUUCGUCAAGCGACAACCACAGCUUAGGACGCGUUUCUUUCGCAAGUAUGACUAUAAGAGAGCUCAAUGCGAAGAUCCAGAGGUGAUUCGUGGCUGGUUUUCGCUUGUGAAGAAUACAAUUGCGAAGUAUGGUAUUGCUGAUGCUGAUAUCUACAACUUUGAUGAGACCGGCUUUAUGAUGGGCGUUAUUGCUUCUGGAAUGGUUGUUACAAGUGCUGAAAGGCGUUCAAAUACGAAGAUGACACAGCCUGGCAAUAGGGAAUGGGUUACAGUUAUCCAGGCUAUUAAUUCCCAAGGGGAGAGCAUCCCGCCAUACAUCAUCGUUGCAGGCCAGUAUCACCUCUCAAGCUGGUAUACAGAAACCUCUCUUCCGGGCGAUUGGGCUAUUGCAACGUCUGAAAAUGGAUGGACAACAAACGAGAGAGGUAUUGACUGGAUCAGACACUUCGACAUUUAUACAAAACCACGUACGUCUGGGAAAUAUCGCCUCCUCGUUGUUGAUGGUCAUGAAAGUCACCACUCCGCAGCCUUCGAGCUCUUUUGUCAAGAAAACAACAUUAUUACACUGUGCAUGCCGGCUCACUCGUCUCAUCUACUUCAACCCUUAGAUGUUGGUUGUUUUCAGCCGUUAAAGAAUGCCUACGGUCGGCAAAUUGAGAAUAAGAUGCGGCGAGGCACAACCCAUAUCUCGAAGGAAGAUUUCUUUGCAGCAUUUCACGAAGCUUUUAAGCAGUCUUUUACGAGGAAAAAUAUCCAGGGAGGUUUCCGAGGAGCUGGACUUGUCCCUUUGAAUGCAGAAAGUGUUCUCUCAAAGCUGGAUGUAAAGUUCCGAACGCCAACGCCUGAGGAGGGGGUCCCUCAGACACCAGACCCUUGGAUCUCUAGGACGCCGAGCAACCCAAGCGAAGCAAGAUCACAGUCUACUUUUAUUAAGAGUCGAAUCUCACGCCACCGAAGCAGCUCUCCAGCAUCAAUUUAUAGUGCUAAAGGAGGAAGUCUUACUAUAUCUACUGGAGAGGAUAUACAGUCGCAAAGAGAGGCAGACACGCAACUACAAGAGGAAACGCGACGGAGUAGUGGUCGCAAAGUGAGGUCUGAGACGACUCAUCGUCGGUGUGGCGUAUGCGGGAAUACAGGCCACAACGCGAGAACAUGUCAAUUUAUUGAGGAAACAUCCGAAGAACAGGAAUCCGAGUAG